GUAGAGGGGGGCGCAGAUUGAAUUUCUUGGCUGUUCCAGGUUCUUUUACAUCCCCCUCCCACCGCCUUUUCUUUGGCGCGCUAGUCCCUCCCUCUCUCCCUCCUCUGGGAAUGGAGGGGGGAAAGAAAGCAAUCUGGAGUGCCUGACGGGAACCCUCCACCACCAGCAAGUCAUGGAAUACGUUUCUAAGGAAUAACACCCCCCACCUCCCUCCCUUCGUGUGGGGCGGCACCGACCCAGGGUCCUUUUACUUAUUCACCCCGCCUCUGCACCCCCCCUCCGCAGUUGGCCGUCCAGGGAUGGAGAGACCCGCCGGGGGCGCUGAGGAAGAAGGGGAGCCGUCGCUGCUCACCGUCAGGCACGAGCUGAAGAACGCAAACUUGACAGGCCACACAGAGAAGGUGGGCAUUGAGAACUUUGAACUUCUGAAAAUUCUUGGGACAGGAGCUUAUGGAAAGGUAUUUCUGGUGAGGAAAAUCAGUGGUCAUGAUGCUGGCAAAUUGUAUGCAAUGAAGGUAUUAAAAAAGGCAACAAUAAUUCAAAAAGCCAAAACAACUGAACAUACAAAGACUGAACGACAAGUACUAGAGCACAUUCGACAGUCUCCAUUUUUGGUCACUUUGCAUUACGCUUUCCAGACAGAUGCAAAACUUCAUCUCAUCUUGGAUUACAUAAAUGGAGGAGAACUUUUCACCCAUCUUUCACAAAGAGAGAGAUUUAAUGAAGAUGAGGUACGGAUAUAUAUUGGGGAGAUUGUUUUGGCGUUGGAACAUCUUCACAAGUUGGGAAUUAUCUAUCGUGAUAUAAAACUUGAAAAUAUUCUUCUUGACUCAGAUGGACAUGUAGUUCUGACAGACUUUGGAUUGAGUAAGGAGUUUGUUAAUGAUGAAAAUGAAAGAGCUUAUUCUUUCUGUGGAACUAUAGAAUAUAUGGCUCCAGAUAUCGUCAGAGGAGGGAAUACAGGACAUGAUAAAGCUGUUGAUUGGUGGAGUUUAGGUGUUCUUAUGUAUGAAUUAUUGACUGGAGCAUCACCUUUUACAGUUGAUGGGGAGAGAAAUUCACAGACUGACAUAUCCAGGAGGAUAUUAAAAAGUGAACCUCCAUAUCCACAAGAAAUGACUGCAUUAGCUAAAGAUUUAAUUCAGUGUCUUCUAAUGAAAGAUCCUAAGAAAAGGUUGGGUUGUGGUUCAGGGAGUGCUGAUGAAAUCAAACAACAUUCCUUCUUUAAGAAAAUAAAUUGGAAUGACUUGGCUGCCAAAAAAGUGUCUUCUCCAUUUAAACCAAUAAUUCGUGAUGAAUUGGAUGUUAGUAAUUUUGCAGAGGAGUUUACAGAAAUGGAUCCAACAUAUUCUCCAGCAACCACUCCAGAGGCUGCAGACAAGCUGUUCCAGGGAUAUUCUUUUGUUGCUCCUUCUAUCUUAUUCAAGCACAAUGCAGCCAUUAUGGAUCCUGUUCAUUUUCUGACAAAACGUAACCAACCUGAAGUUACAAAUAUUGCGAGAAGUGCUAUGAUGAAGGACUCUCCAUUUUAUCUCCACUAUGAGCUGGACUUAAAAGAAAAACCACUGGGAGAAGGAAGUUUUUCCAUCUGUCGAAAAUGCUUACACAAGAAAACCAGACAUGAAUAUGCAGUAAAAAUAAUCAGUAAGAGGCUAGAAGUCAACACUCAGAGAGAAAUUACAGCUUUAAAACUCUGUGAAGGACAUCCCAAUGUUGUGAAAUUGCAUGAAAUUUAUCACGAUCAGCUCCACACGUUUCUAGUAAUGGAACUACUGAAAGGGGGAGAAUUACUUGAACGUAUCCAGAAAAAGAAGUACUUCAGUGAAACUGAAGCUAGUUACAUCAUGCGCAGAUUAGUUUCUGCAGUGAGCCAUAUGCAUGAUGUGGGAGUUGUGCACAGAGACUUAAAACCCGAGAAUUUAUUAUUCACAGAUGAAAGUGAUAAUUCAGAAAUAAAAAUAAUUGAUUUUGGAUUUGCCCGAUUAAAACCUUCAGACAAUCAGCCUCUUAGAACUCCAUGUUUUACCCUUCAUUAUGCUGCUCCAGAGCUCUUAAAUCAUAAUGGUUACGAUGAAUCCUGUGAUCUCUGGAGUCUGGGAGUUAUUUUGUAUACAAUGCUUUCAGGACAAAUACCCUUCCAGUCUCAAGAUACCAGUAUAGUAUGUACAAAUGUUUUGGAAACGAUGAAGAAAAUUAAAAGAGGGGAAUUUUCAUUUGAAGGAGAUGCUUGGAAAAAUGUUUCUCAGGAAGCCAAAGAUUUGAUACAAGGACUUCUUACAGUGGAUCCAAAUAAGAGGAUUAAAAUGACCAGCUUGAGAUACAAUGAUUGGCUUCAGGAUGGUUGCCAACUGUCAUCCAACCCAUUAAUGACUCCAGACAAUUUAGGAACUGCAAUACAUGUCAAAGCAACUUUUAACGCUUUUAACAAGUAUAAAAGAGAAGGAUUUUGCCUCCAGAAUGUUGACAAGGCACCUCUUGCAAAACGAAGAAAGAUGAAAAAGACAAGCACAAGCACAGAGACCCGCAGCAGUUCCAGCGAAAGUUCUCAUUCUUCUUCCUCUCAGUCCUAUGGUAAAACUACCCCUACAAAAACACUACAGACAACACAUCCUACAGAUAGCAAUAAUUCAGAUAAUAUCUUUCAAUUCUCUGAUUGAAGAUCUGCUCUCUUGAAUAGUAAUUGAAAUUUGUUGAUGCCUGUGUUCUUUUGAAUACAAUAAUGAGAUAUGUUUACAAAAAAGUGAUAUAAAAUAUUUUAUUUUAAUAUGUAUGCAUCUCCAACAGUUUUUAAAAGAUAUCUGUAAUCCAGUGGCAUAAUCCUGCACUCGGGAGCCUCUCCCAUUUAGACUUUCACAAGUCUAUGUCUCAUAAAUCUGCAAGUCUUUUCAUUACAUUUGAUUUUCUUUGUAAUAUACGUAUGUACAUGCAUGCACACAUACAGAGAGAGAGAGAGAGAGUUUUCUAUAUAAGAUAUAUUUUAUUGUACAAAUUUACAAAUUAAUGUGUGUAUAAAAUCCUCAACAAAGAUGUGUUUCAAUAUAUUUGCCAGGAUCAAAAAUAACUUAUUUCCUUGAAUGCAGAAGCUAUUUUCUUAUGCAAGACAUAGACACAAGCCACUUCCUCAGCAUAUGAAGACAUUCCUGCAUAACACAUAAGCAACAACUUAAUUUAUAUGCUAGCUUGGAGACCAUAUAAAACUUGAUUUCUUCCAUUUUUUUCUAGUAAGAAAAAUUAUUUGGGAUUUUAAAACUUGACUUGGAGAGAUAGAGAGUGAGCAAGAGAGAAAGAGAAUUUUCAAAUAUAAAAAUUAUUCUGUGAGAAUUUUCUAUUCCUUUUUCAUAUGGUUCAAAAAUACUAAGCUAAUUGGCAGUUGGGUUGUAGCUUAAUAUUCAAGAGAUUUUUAUUCUGUAUCAAGCAUAUGUGUAGUUGGUGUUAUAAUUGUAUUUGAUAAGUAACAAUGAAAUUGUGAGUACAACUUGGAGAUGCUGUAAUUUGCUGUAGCAAUUUCAAUAAGAAUUAUGAGCUUCUUAUAUUAUUUAAUCUUGCAAUACAUUUUUCUGAUAUUUUCAUGUCUAGACAUAAUGUAUCUGAGUUUGCCCGUUUCACACUGGGAUAUAUUAUAAUGCAUUUAUGCAUUAGAAAAUUAAGGGGAUAUUCUGUCAAGCACUGUGCUUCAUAUCUCUACACUGUGUUUUACUAUAGUAAAAUUUUCCACUGUAGUUAUAUUUUGGAUUCAUAAAUAGGGAUUUUUCUGAUACAUUUUUAAAUGGUAAUAUUUUAAACUAUGAAGCAUGAUUUAUAAAUAUAUGCAAAGCUCUUCCAUAGCUCACAUGCUGCAGUUCUGCAAACAAAAUAUGGAAGUAAUCUUACUGGUAAUUAGUGAGGCAAUUUGUAUAAAGUUAAGCUUAGAUAUUGGCAUGAUAAGACCUCACAGUAGAUUUUAGAAAUACCUUGCUGUAUUGUAGAAUGAACAAUCCAAAUCCUAUGCAGAUAGUCCUUUUCUAUAAAAACUAUAAUUUCUUUAUAUAAUCAUAUCUAUUAUAGUUUUCAGAAAUCUCUUGCAUACUUCUUUAGGGAAACUAGAAAAAAAAACCUAGAAAAGCCUGAGAAUAUUUUCAUGAAGAAUUUUAGAGAAAUAACAUAAUGUGAAUCUUUGUGUCAUUUACUGGAUUUUUGUGGGCAUCUUAAUUUCAAGAUAUGUAAAACAUGGAAUCAGCAGUUUUUCUAUCAGAUAUAUUUUGACUUCUACACUGUGUUAGACAUUCAAAUUAUUUCUGUAAACUAUGCAUCCAAACUUGGACAGGACAGUAUCUUGCAUUGGUAACUAUUUAAAAGGAUUUACAUUUUUUGUGUGAAAUAGCAUAAUUUAGUUUCAAAGAAAUGAAUUAUUUAGCUUGCAGUUCUCUGCACACUUAUUCAUGAGUAAGCAACACUGAACUCCAUGAGAUAUUUCAAUAAAUAGACAUAGGAUUGGGUUGCUAAUUGCAUACACCGAUACAAGUUAUGUUACCUAGUUUGGUAAUGAAAUGUCUGCAAGAAAAUAACUAAACCUCAGAGGACCCCAUCAGUUAAACUUUACAGCACAAUACUAAAAACUGAAGAUUAGAUUAUUCUGAUCUUUAUGUAUGCUGAGAGCACAAAGAGCUUAAUUUAAUUUGGUGUAAAUUAGUUUUACUUUCUAUACAUGUAUAUAUGUUGUUGUUGUUAAUCACGAAGUCAUGCCCGACCCAUCGUGACCCCAUGGACAAUGUUUCUCCAGGCCUUCCUAUCCUCUACCAUCCCCCGGAGUCCAUUUAGGCUCAUGCCGACUGCUUCCGUGAGUCCAUCCAGCAACCUUGUUUUCUGUUGUCCCAUUCUUCUUUUGCCCUCAAUCGUUCCCAGCAUUAGGCUCUUCUCCAGUGAGUCCUUACUUCUUAUUAGGUGGCCAAAGUAUUUGGGUUUCAUCUUUAGGAUCUGGCCAUCUCCUCUAGGACUGACCAGUUUGAUUGCCUUGCAGUCCAAGGGACUCACAGGAGUCUUCUCUAGCACCAUAGUUCAGAGGCCUCAAUUCUUUGGUGCUCAGCCUUCCUUAUGGUCCAACUUUCACAGCCAUCCAUUGCAACUGGGAAAACCAUAGCCUUGACUAUAUGCACUUUUGUUGGCAGGGUGAUGUCUCUGCUUUUUAGUAUGCUGUCCAAAUUUUCCGUAGCUUUCCUCCCCAGGAGCAAGCAUCUUUUAAUUUCUUAGCUGUAGUCCCCAUCUGUAGUGAUCUUGGAGCCCAGGAAAAUGAAGUCUGUCACUACCUCCAUUUCUUCCCCAUCUAUUUGCCAGGAAUUGAGAAGGCUGGAUGCCAUGAUCUUAGUUUUCUUAACGUUUAGUUUCAAGCCAACUUUUGCACUCUCUCCCUUCACCCGCAUCAAGAGGCUCUUUAGUAUCUCUUCACUUUCUGCCUUAAGAGUGGUACCAUCUGCAUAUCUGAGGUUGUUGAUAUUUCUCCCAGCAAUCUUAAUUCCAAUUUGUGAUUCAUCUAGCCCUGCCUUUCUUAUGAUGUGCUCUGCAUAUAAGUUAAAUAGGCAAGGCGACAAUAUACAGCCUUGCCGAACUCCUUUCUCAAUUUUGACCAAUCAGUGGUUCCAUGUCCAGUUCUCACUGUUGCUUCUUGACCUGCAUAUAGGUUUCUCAAGAGACAAAUAAGAUGGUCUGGUACUCCCAUCUCUUUAAGAACUUGCCACAAUUUGUUGUGAUCCACACAAUCAAAGGCUUUAGCAUAGUCAAUGAAGCAGAAGUAGAUGUUUUUCUGGAACUCCCUAGCUUUCUCCAUUAUAUGUUGGCAAUUUGAUCUCUAGUUCCUCUGCCUCUACGAAAUCCUGCCUGUACUUCUGGUAGUUCUUGGUCGAUAUACUGCUGGAGCCUAGCUUGUAGGAUUUUGAACAUAACUUUGCUAGGUUGUGAAAUGAGUACAAUGGUGCAGUGGUUUGAACAUUCUUUGGCAUUGCCCUUCUUUGGAAUUGAAAUGCAAACUGACCUUUUCAAAUCCUGUGGCCACUGUUGAGUUUUCCAAAUUUGCUGGCAAAUUGAGUGUAGCACUUUUACUGCAUCGUCUUUUAAGAUUUUGAAUACCUCAGCUGGAAUACUGUCACCUCCACUAGCCUUGUUGUUGCUCAGACUUCCUAAGGCCCAUUUGACUUCACAUUCCAGAAUGUCUGGCUUGAGGUCAGUGACCACCCCAUCGUGGUUAUCAGGGACAUCAAAGCUUGUUCUUGUAUAGUUCUUCUGUGUAAUUCUGCCACCUCUUCUUAAUCUCUUCUGCCUCUGUUAGGUCCCUGCCAUUUUGAUCCUUUAUCAUGCCCAUCUUUGCAUGAAACAUUCCCUUCAUAUCUCCAAUUUUCUUGAAGAGAUCUCUGGUCCUCCCUAUUCUACUGUUUUUUUCUAUUUCUUUGCACUGUUCAUUUAAGAAGGCAUUCUUAUCUCUUCUAGCUAUUCUCUGGAAUUCUGCAUUCAGUUGGUUGUAUCUUUCUCUUUCUCCCUUGUCUUUCGCUUCCCUUCUUUCCUCAGCUAUUUGUAAAGCUUCCUUAGACAGCCAUUUUGCUUUCUUGCUUUCUUUUUCUUUGGGAUGGUUUUAGUUGCUACCUCUUGUACACUGUUGCGAACCUCUGUCCAUAGUUCUUCAGGCACUCUGGCUAUCAAAUCUAAAUCCUUAAAUCUAUUGGUCACCUUUACUGUAUUUUCAUCAGGGAUAUGAUUUAGUUCAUACCUGAGUGGCCUAGUGCUUUUUCCUACUUUCUUUAGUUUAAGCCUAAAUUUUGCAAGGAGAAGCUCAUGAUCUGAGCCACAGUCAACUCCUGGUCUUGUUAUAUGACUAUAGAGUUUCUCCAUCUUUGGCUGCAGAGCACAUAGUUAGUCUGAUUUCUGUGUUGUCUGUCUGGUGAUGUCCAUGUGUAGAAUCGUCUCUUGGGUUGUUGGAAAAGAGUGUUUGUUAUGACCAUCACAUUCUCUUAGCAAAAUUUUACCAGCCUGUACCCUGCUUCAUUUUGUACUCCAAGGCCAAACUUGCCUCUUAUUCCUUUUAUCUUUUGGCUUCCUACUUUAGCAUUCCAAUCCCCCAUGAUGAUAAAGACAUUAUUUUUUGGUGUUAAUUCUAGAAGGUGUUGUAGGGCUUCAUAGAAUCAGUCAAUUUCAUCCUCUUCAGCACCAGUGGUUGGGGCAUAGACUUGGACUACUAUGAUGUUGAAUGGUUUGCCUCGGAUUUGGACUGAGAACAUUGUCAUUUUGGGGAUUGUAUCCCAGUACUGCUUUUCCUACUCUUUUAUUGACUAUGAAGGCUACUACAUUUCUUCUGAGGAUUCUUGCCUGCAGUAGUAUAUCUGAUGGUCAUCUGAAUUAAAUUCACCCAUUCCUGUCCAUUUUAGUUCACUGAUUUUCAAGAUGUUGAUGUUCAGUCUUGUCAUCUCUUGUUUAACCACAUCAAGCUUGUCUUGAUUCAUGGAUCUUACAUUCCAGGUUGCUAUGGAGUAUAGAUCUUUAUAGCAUCGGACUUUCCUUUCACCAUCAGAUACAUCCACAGCCGAAUGUCCUUUCGGCUUUGACCCAGUCUCUUCAUUCUUUCUGGUGCUACUUAUACUAGCCCUCUGCUCUUCCCCAGUAGCAUAUUGGACCCUUCCGACUUGAGGGGCUCAUCUUCUAGGGUCAUAUCUUUUUGCCUUUUGGUAGUGUCCAUGAGGUUUUCAUGGCAAAGAUAUGGAGUGGGUUGCCAUUUCCUUCUCCAGUCAUGUUUUGUCAGAGCUCUCUGCUAUGACCUGUCCGUCUAGGGUGGCCCUGCAUGGCAUAGCUCAUCGCUUCAUUGAACAAUGCAAGCCCCUUCGCCACAACAAGGCAGUGAUCCAUGAAGGAGAUCCAUGUAUAUAUACAUGUAUAUAUAUAGUUCAUUUCAAAUAUUUUUCUCUGAUAAUACAGAUGAGCAUCUUGAAGAGAUGGAAAUAGCGUGUUCAAUAAAUUACAUAAAUAUCUUGUUAUGGUGUGCCACUUUCCAUUUCAAAAUGAAGAUGGAAUAAAACAUUUUAAAACAAAAUGUCAACAGUUUAGUAGCUUAAUUCUGAUGCAACUGAAUUUAUAUGUGGUAUAGAAAAUUUAUUUUAAAUAUUUAAUACCCUUGAUAAAUUAAAAUAAAGGGAUUUUUUAAAAUAUCAAAAUUUAAAAAUUUGGUAGGAUGUCAUGAAAAUCACAAAGUAAUGGGUUUUGCAUUUCUCAGGAAAAGGAUUUUGUAUAUAUUUCCAUUGUUUCUUCCACAGGCAGCUAUUGUGAAAGUUUGAUGAGCUAUAACUUUGGGGAGGCUAUUUUCAUGAAUACAAGCAUAAAUGAGUGUAAAUUACCUAUUAUUAUUGAUAACUUAUCUCUAUUCAUAAAUUUGUACUAUAUUUAAAAGUUAAUUAUUUACAGUUAUACUUUUCUCUAUUGGUAUGUAUAAUUAUCUAGAGGAAUUGAUGGAGCAAUAACAGAAAUUAAAUGGUACAUGUGUAGCUAUGUUUUCAAAGUUCUUUUAUGGUAGUAUAUUUUUCACAAUUGACCCACAUAAAUAAACCAAAUUAUUUCUUGCUAUUAAUAAAAUGGUCAAUGCAAGGGUUAAACAACAUUCCUGCUUCUUUUAUAUGUUUUAUUCUGCUAGUAGAAAAGUAAGACAGUGGGAGAUGCUGGAUAUAGCCUCUUUAUGCUUUAUAUCAUUGUUGGGGAUUAAACAACUUGCGUUGACUGAAAUGAUAAAUUCAUGAUUUUUAUUUUUUCUUCCUUAAAAAGGAUAAAUCUUUAGCUAGUCUAGCAGAGAGAUAUUUAUUACACCCUUUUCCUAAAGGUUUACUACUACACUAUAGUUAUGCUGUUGAAAACUCAGAUAAUAAUUUAUUACCCAUAAAACUGUUAUUCUUUGACUUUAAAAUUUUGCACCAGGCAAUUAGGAGUCAAUUGUAGUUGAUAAAAACCUGCAAGAAACAACCUGGUAGAAUCUCAAGUUUAUUAAGAUUGUGGACUAGCAAGUAUGUUGGGCUUUUUAAUAUUAAUUAAAAGAAUUAAUUUAAUAGUAAUAGAGGAAGGUGAUAAUAAUUCAAUAAGGACAGUCAGAAAUGCUGUAUUAAUCAUUCAAAUUUAUUUUAAUUUUAAGAUUUAUUUAAUUCAGAUUUAUUUUAAUUUUCUUUUGUAAAAGAAAACUGCAUAUAUAAUAAAACUCUAUAGACUAAUAUAGCAUAGUGGAAGAAAUUGAUCUGAAAAUUAAUAGAGGAAUUCUGAAUAAGGCUGUAUUUUUUUAAAAAAAAUUAUACUGUACAUUGGAAAGUAUUUCUUUAAAUAAAUUACUUCAAAUAAAGAAAGCACCAUAGCAGAAAAAAUACCCCAUCCCUGUGUCACAAGUCUGGUGCAAAAAAGUAGAGGACACAGUAGUUCUGAAGUGGCAUUUAGAGGCUGCAGGAAGGGAAGGGAAAAAGACACAAUGCAUAAACUGAAGCUGUUCGCAUGACAUUGAAUUUAACUCAUAAUCAUUGCCUAGGAAAAUUGUUGUACCUACAUGAUGACUUUGCAAUAUAUAGAUAAUUAAUUGUUUUCUCUGAUUGUUUUGGCUGGUUACUCCUACCAGGAUUCGAGAAUUUUUAGGAUAAUUAGUUCCUUGAAAGAAUUUAUCAUUAAACUUGAAAGAUUAUUUAAAUCUUAAUUUAAUUUUCUCAUAUAAAUAUUUUUGUCAAUUGAUUAUUUUUUUCUUCAGAAAAUUAGGUUGCCAAUUUAGGGUAUAUGUAUAAGGUGUUUCCAGAGUUUUAGUCCUCCAAGCAUGUGCUGUGGUUCACUUGCAUGAAUUGUGUAUCAGUUAAAGAUAAGUGUUAUAUAUUAUGAUUGGUUUGGUAAUUGAAGCAGAGGUUAUGUAGUUAAUCAAAAGAACAAGAAUAGGCAAUUUAUUAAGAUAUGAAAUAAAAUUUUAAAAGGUUAAAUAAGAGAAAGAACAAAUCAGUCAGUGAGUGUUCUACUAGCAGUAUAAAACUUUUGGAGUCAAUUAAUUAAAUGUUAUAACUAUUAACUUAUAACUAUAAUAAAAAUUCCCAAAUAUUUCCUAGUGUUUUGAGGUAAAUAUGAGUGAAUAUUUAAAGUUAGAGUCAUGUUUAUUAAUUGUUUUAUUUAAAAAACCCUAUAUAUUGCAGGUGCUGACUCUAACAUGAAGACAUAAUAUGAGUUCCAAAACAGGAACCAGUAGAUUCUUUCCAUUUUUCAUCCAGAGACAGCAGUUUCUUCCAUAACAGGCUGACCUGAUGAAAAAUAUUUGAUUGAAGUUUCUACUCAGGUGAUCAGUCUAUUGUCAAAUGAGCCUGAUGCAGAAAUGUCUGUUAAUAUUUCUUUUUAAUUUAUUGCUUUCUGUUUGUGAGGAUCCAAAUAGAUAGCAUUUCAGAAAAUAAAAUAAUCUUUUUUUAAAAUGCAAAAUCUUUUUUAAACCAUUACAUCUUAUUAUAUGUUUUAAUUUUAUUCAUUUAUUGGGUUCUUAUUGAAUAUAUAGUUUUCUUCCAAUGCAAAUCUAAUAUAUAUAUAUAUACUAUAAAUACAUUUAUUAACAUUUCUUCCUGAAGUGUAAUAUUUAUAUGGUUUAUAUACAAAAAAGUAAUCAUUUAAACUAUUGGGAUUAUUUCAUUCUAGCUGGGCUAGAAUUUAGUCUUAAUUUAUGCAGACUGGAACAGGGGCUCUUAAAGAAUUAUUUUCAUGAAAGAAAAAUCCAUGAAGUUUCUCUU